GUCGGCACCUGCGCUUACGUGACGCAGAAAGUGGAGUUUGCCGGUAUUCGCGCGCAGGCCGGGGAAUUGUGGGUAAAAAGCGAAAAAGUGACCUGCGGAUACAUCAGCGAAGAAACGCGGGUGGUUUUCCGCUCGACGUCCGCCAUGGUCUACAUCUUCAUCCAAAUGAGCUGCGAAAUGUGGGAUUUCGACAUUUAUGGAGACCUCUACUUCGAGAAAGCCGUCAAUGGUUUCUUGUCCGACCUCUUCACGAAAUGGAAGGAGAAGAACUGCAGCCAUGAAGUGACUGUCGUCCUCUUUUCCAGAACCUUCUACGACGCCAAGUCCAUUAACGAUUUCCCGGAGUCACACCGUCCCGCGAUCCAACAAGAUCACCAAGGGAGAUCCUACGAGGAUUUUUACAAGGUCGUCGUCCAAAACGAACGCCGCGAGGAAUGGACGUCGUUGCUGGUCACCAUUAAGAAACUCUUCAUCCAGUAUCCCGUACUGGUGCGACUGGAACGCACAGAGGGUUUCCCGGCGGGGUACAAUUCAACCUCGGCGCAAGGGAACUAUUUGGAGGCUAUCAACCUGUCCUUUAAUG